ACCUCCGUGCACGUGGAUGUGAUGCCCGGUGAGUUUGACCCCACCAACUACACGCUGCCCCAGCAGCCCCUGCAUCACUGCAUGCUGCCCCUCUCCAGCACCUACUCCACCCUCCGGCUGGUCACCAACCCCUACCAGGCUGAUGUGGAUGGAGUCAGGUUUUUAGGGACCUCAGGGCAAAAUGUCAGUGACAUCUUUAAAUACAGCAGCAUGGAUGAUUACCUGGAGAUCCUGGAGUGGACGCUGCUGGCGGGACACAUCAGCCCCACAGCUCCUGAUACUCUGGGCUGUUACCCUUUUUACAAGUCAGACCCUUUCAUCCUCACUGACUGUCCUCACGUCUACUUCUGCGGCAACGCUCCCCGCUUCCAGUCCAAGCUGCUCAAAGGGGAGGAAGGGCAGCAGGUCCUGCUGGUGACAGUGCCCACCUUCAGCACCACGCAGACCGCCUGCCUGGUCAACCUGCGUGACCUCAGCUGCCAACCCAUCAGCUUCUCGGGCUUUGGGGCUGAGGAUGAUGAUGGGGACAUGGAGGUUGGGCACUGACUGAGCAGGA